UGAAGGGUAAACAGUUCUUAUUACAAAAUAAAUAAAAUGCUCGUUUAAAAUAAACCUUUUACAGUGACAUACAUCUAUGGAGUUUCCAACUUUUGGGCGCUCGCAUAUGCUAAGAUUUAAGUGGGAUUGUGGAUUACAUUUUAAUAAUUUUUGAUUUUACACGUAAGGGGUCCCUUUAGUACGGGGCCCUGUAUUAAUACGGGUGAUAAGGCGGUAGCUACGCCCCGAUUUUCAAUGUCUUGCCGGCAGCAUGCAGCUCCAAUUUAUAUUUUAUAGUGUUAUGAUCUGUGGAGUGGUUAACGCCCUGCGCCAUUAGCGCUGUUAUUGAUUUUGAAUUGAACAGUAAAAAUAAAAAUAAUUUUGUGCGAUCAAGAGCCUGCGUUAGCCAGCCUGCCUGUGGUUCUACUUAAAGCAGGUACUACUAAUGGAAAAUGUCCCUUAGACAAAUGAGAAAAAUCAAUGGGAGCUUCGCUCCCAAUAUUAUUACAUUUGAAGACUCUGAGUCUGAUGAAGAGGACAACCAUUAUUCCACUGUGUUUAAUACUUUUGAUGCGUUGAAAAUAUCUUCGGAAUCUGAAUCAGAGGCCGAAACACAACAUGAAGUUGAUGAAGCAAACCGUGAUAUUCACGAAGAAAUAAAAAAAGACAAGAAAAAGAAAAAAAAUGGGAAGAAACGCAAACAUGUCAAAAAAGUGAAGACUUUUGAGGAAGAGAUAGAUUUAAUCCUACAAGAGAUUAACAAAAAACAUGGGGAGCCAGAAUCAGAGCCACAGCCAGAGCCACAGCCAGAACCAGAGCCAGAACCAGAGCCAGAACAACAGACGAAUGAAUCGAAUCAAAAAAUUAUACCUAUACAAUUAUUUACAAUCAAUAGGAAAAACAUUAAUGCCAAAAAUGAAGAAAUUAGGAGACUUGGUCCAGAAAGGUAUGAAAAUGGUAGAAAAAAGAGAAUACCCAGAAACCAAAAAACGAUUGUAAAGCAUCAGAUCACUGAAAUUGCUAAAGUAAAUACUACUUGCAAAGGCAUUUAUAUGACGAUCGCAAAACGUUCGGAGGGUAUCACAUACUUCGUAUACAACCACACCAAACAAUAUCAACAAAUGCAUGCCGAGUUUCUAAGAGACGCGUACCGCAACGCACUUUAUGAGGAUCCGACUAUGUUCUCAGACUACUUUGAAGAGUAUACUGAAGAAAUGCACAUUGAGGCUAUGCUGUUGGCUUUCGUCCAACUUUGCGGAGAGCAAUCAUAUGAUUCUGCUUGGGAUACUAUAGAGCGUAUUAUUUGCCAUUUGCAGUAUAGGGCACACCCAGACUUCAACAUUCUCAGCAAGCAGCACCGACUGGAAUUCAUUUACACAGAGAAUGUAAUAUUUCAUAUUGCAUUCUUACUAUACAGUCACGCUCUGAGCAUCCGUGGAUUCCAUCAAACAGCCUUAGAAGUGGCCAAGAUCAUGCUUAACCUAGAUCCGGCGGAUCCGUUGGCUGUUGUCAUAAUAAUUGAUAAAUUUGCAAUUUUCGGAAAAGAGUAUAAUUGGCUGAUAGAAACAGUAGACGCAGGACUGUUGAUUCGGAGAUGUACCGGCACGCGUGAUUUUAAACUGUUGAAUAUUGAGUUCUCAUAUGCACUGGCACACUAUCAUGUGGCAAUGAAAAAUAAAGAGGAUUUAAAGAAGGCGGAUGACGUACUUAAAAAAGCACUAUUAUUGUUCCCGCUGCUAGCGAAAAUAAUGAUCCGCCGACAUGGAAGACCAUCUGAAAGAAUAGAAACAAUAUGUAAUCACCCUAUGUACGAUACGCUUGCUACAGAGGGUGUGUCCCAAACAUUGAUAGAGUUUGCCGAAUUUUAUGUGACGUACAUGGAUAACCGCUGGCGCUCGCAGGAGGUAUUUGAGUGGUUCGUACGGAACGCGUCCGAGUUAAUGGAUCAAUAUGAGUCCGAACCGAAUAUACGGGAGGAAUACGAUCGCAAAACUGAAGUGCGUCAGUCGGUGUUUCGUAUAUGGCCGCUUGAGGUGGGCCGUCAUCUGCAUGUCAUAAAACCCAUGGAACAAUGGCUUGUGGAUUCGGAAAUACCGGAAGUUUACGAUUACUUGCUGCCAAACAUCAUUUACCCUUUUAUAAUCGCAUUUGAUAUUAAAAACCGCUACAAAUAUUGUUAUUUUACUGGGCAGGCCGAUGGAUACAUGUCGUGCUAUUUUAUACCACCAUACAGAAUGCCACAUGGCCAUCCUAUUUCCAUAUUUUGUAUCAUUGCCACUGAAUUUUGCGAGCGGUUUUCUUUUUGUGGCUUAAGAACUAUUCUGUCUUUGUAUCUACGGAACGUGUUAUGCCUUCAUGAGAAUGCUGCCACUGUGGUGUACCAUAUAUUUAUUAUGAUGUGCUAUACUAUGCCGCUGAUGGGUGCUAUACUAGCGGACAACUUCAUUGGCCGAUACAGAGUAAUUCUAUACUUUUCUAUAAUCUAUUUUGUCGGGACCAUACUGUUGUGUUGUUCUGCAAUUCCACCAUUGAUGUUGCCACCAACCUUUAUGUCCAUGAUCGGCUUGGUACUCAUAGCGGCCGGUACGGGAGGGAUUAAGCCUUGUGUGGCAGCUUUUGGAGGUGAUCAGUUUCGUCUGCCAGAAGAUAAUAACGGUCUACAGAAGUUUUUUUCUACGUUUUACUGCACCGUGAAUCUAGGGGGCUUUAUGGGGAUGGUGGUCACCCCAGCUCUACGACGCAGUAUUAUGUGUUUUGGUGACGAUGCGUGCUAUGCGCUGGGCUUUGGGUUUCCGGCAAUACUUGUCUUAUUUUCUAUCGUUAUUUUUGUGCUGGGAAAGCCAUGGUACAGAAUCAAAAAACCAAGGAACAAUGUAACGUUGAAGUUUGUAGCUUGUACGUGGUAUGCCUUUAAAAGACGUUUCCAACACGACACCAGUUUAGACGGACCGUUACCAGAUCAUUGGCUGGAUUACUCAAUAGACAAAUAUGGAGUGAAACUAGUAUCAGAUAUGAAAGCCGUGUGCUCUAUUUUAUUUUUGUAUCUGCCAGUCCCGAUAUUUUGGUCACUGUUUGAUCAACAGGGUUCCCGCUGGACGUUUCAAGCUUCAAGAUUGCGGAGUGAAGUUUUUGGUAUAACUCUAAUGCCUGAUCAGCUGCAAGUCAUGAACCCUGCUAUGGUACUGUUCAUGAUACCCGUGUGUCCUGGUGGUUCGUGGAAUGUUUUACCCGAGAUCUCGCCGCUGAAUAAAAUGUUCAUAGGUGGCAUACUAGCGGCUAUGUCUUUCUUUUGUGCUGGCAUUCUUCAGAUUAGUAUAGAGCGGUCGACAUUACAAGUACCAAGGCACCAUGAAACUGGGCUUAUAUUCCUCAACACGCUUACGUGCUCGUUGGAGUUAGAAGUGAUGGGCGAGGGCAUGGUGGUUAUGGAGCAAGGUGGCACUGUACUUAUGACGCCAUUGCCACAUCGUACGUACACCAUCCUAGCAACGUGCCCCAGUGACUGUGCGGGUCGGAUUAUGAAGCGGAACAACAUCAAAGUUGACUUGAAAACGGUAGCGGGAAUGUUCAUGCCAAUCGUCAUUGGGCAAAACUCCGAUGACGAAAUGUCUUUCUAUUUCCUGGACCCCGGACCGUUUUCGAAGUCUUUAACUGGAAAACCGAAAUUAAAAGUGGUAUACAUCGGUGAAACGGGGCCGAACAAGAACGUCUCCAUAGAAGUUGAAACAGAGAAGCAAUUGAGUGAUAUAUACUACGUGUCGGACGCUCCCGUCGAUCAUAUUGGCGAGUCGGCCUACAUGCCCCUUCAGCCUGGAAAGUUUUCAUGGCGUGCCGACAGCGCUGGUGGUGAAGUGUCAGGGUCUGGUGAAGGAGACCUUCGAGCUGGUGGCGUAUACGUAUUGUGCAUCCGAGAGCGGCUGGGGAGGCUCGAUAAUGCCGUGUUACAUGCACCCAACGCCCCGAACGAGUUGAAUCUAGUCUGGAUAGUGCCCCAAUACUUGCUCAUUUCAAUGGCCGAGAUUAUGUUUGCAGUGUCGGGCCUCGAAUUCUCGUUUACACAAGCUCCCAAAAGUAUGAAGACCAUCACAAUAGCGGCUUGGUACAUGUCCGUUGCCAUUGGCAACCUCAUUGUAAUACUUGUUGCACAAACCAAGAUAUUCGAAUCUAGGGCGAUAGAAUUCUUUGUGUACGCUGGAAUGUUGAUGGCGGCCAUGUUGGUAUUCCUGCGGAUCGCUCACGGUUAUUGUACAAGAACUAUGGAAGGAGAUGGCUCCUCGAUUGAAAGCCAACCGUUGCUGCGAAACCAGUCUAGGGCUAUGUCGGUGCACUCUGCGACUACAAGUAAUCACCCGUUCAGCUGCCUCAGUCGCGACAGUAGCGGGGCCUCAUGCUUGGGACACAUGGAACGAGCGAGGACGUCGGCGUGGCCCGUUUACACCGUUGUGCAUGUUGGUACACCUAGUACUAACGACGAUCUGGCUACGACUCUUGCAAAGGACUGAAAUACUACCGUUACA